AGCGGCGGGGGCGCGCGGGGAGGGGCCGGCGAGCAUGGCGCCGCUGCGGGGGUGAGGCGGUACGCCGUCCGGCUCGGCGCCCGCCAUGAGCUGCACCAUCGAGAAGAUCCUGACGGACGCGAAGACGCUGCUGGAGCGGCUGAAGGAGCACGACACCGCGGCCGACUCGCUCAUCGACCAGUCCGCCGUGCUGCACCAGCGUGUGGCCGCCAUGAGGGAGGCGGGCGCGGCGUGGGCCGAGAAGGUCCCCGGCGGCGCGGCGGAGCGGCCCGACCCGGCCCGGCUGCGGCCUCACGUGCUGCUGUCCCAGGAGAACACGCAGAUCCGCGACCUGCAGCAGGAGAACCGGGAGCUGUGGGUCUCGCUGGAGGAGCAUCAGGAUGCGUUAGAGCUUAUCAUGAGCAAAUACAGAAAACAGAUGUUGCAGCUUUUGCAAGGGAGAAAGGGCGAAGGUGCAGAACCAGUCUUGAAAGUUCAUCGGUCAAAUUCUCUGGAAAUUGAAAGCCAAAUAGACAGAAUACGUGAGAUGGGAGAGGUGAUGAGAAAAGCUAUUCAAGUCGAUGAUGAUCAGUUCUUUAAAGUUCAGGAGAAACUAGCUCAGUUGGAGGUAAGAACAGAUAAAAUUGCUGAGGAUAGAGCAAGCUUUGGGAGUCUCGAGACUGGACUUUCUCUGUAUAUGUCAACGAUUUAUAAUGAUCAAAAGUUUGAAGGGGGCCAGGAAAUGAAGAACGUGAUCUGUUAUUUUCAAGUUCUUAAUGUUUGUAUUUUAUGUAUUUUUAUAGAUAUAUAUGUAUACACGAAGCCAGAAGCAAAAGAUAAUCUUUAAAGGAUGUGGUUCCCCUCUUGCUAGCACUGUAUUAAUGCUUAUGUUACAAAAUCGGUGUUUUAUUUAGCUGUGAAGGAGUGGGGCUAAAGAUUAUUGUCCUUUAAUUGUGAAUUAGCUCAUUUCUAUUUCAGCAAAAAUAUUGAUUUUGCAGCUUGAAAACAAAGAGCUGCGUGAACUAUUGUCAAUCAGCAAAGAAUCUUUUGAGGUGGGGAGAGAAGAUCUGCCUGACUGUGAAGCUUAGGUCACAAAAUAACCUUAUCUCCAAAUCUUGACUUCAGAGACUAUUAUGAAACUACCCUACAGGGAUGGGUUUUGAUUUGUUCUUUCAGGUGUUUCCUUGUAUGUUUGUUUUAUCUUUCAAAAUGUGAGCUGUUACCACUGCAUUUUUCUGAAAUUACGUGUUGUUGAUGGCAAAGGCUUGUGUUGCUGCGCUGUCUUAGUAAUUGCAGCAUAGAAAUGCUUAACAAUGAAGUAUGUUUGAUGUGUACUCCCUUGUGAUAGCUUAUUUUCUCUCUUGUGUGUUAUUUUUUAUGAGCUUUAGUUAAUAAUUCCAGCUGUGCAGAUGGCAUCUAAAUCCACCUUGUCAGUAGCUAGAGAAGAUAAUACAGGUUGGGAUUAUUUUAUUUGAAAGAAGGAAUAGGAGAUUAUUGCAAAACUACACUGUAAAUGGCAGGUAACCAUUGCGCUCUGCCUGCACAAAGCAGGCACUGCAGACCUUUUGUUUCGCUUUGAGGAGCUAACACUGGGUACUUGGCUGGGUUACCUUUGUUACAGGGACAGCUGCUUAGAAGCAGGUCAAGAGAACAGCAGAUAGCCAGUAGAGCACUUAUAAGUAGUAACUCCUAUAAGGAGCACAGUUUACCUUGUUUUAGGGGUGAAAAUCAGAGCAGGUGACCCUUUCUGACACCUAUGUGUUUUUGAAGGACAUUGAGGGUUUUUUUACAGGUAGACCUGUUCAGGAUUUAUCAGUGCUCCAAGGUAUGUGGAUGCUGGCUAGCUCUGGUCUGAAGGCGGUGCACUCAAACCCUGCCUGGAACGCAGCACUUUCAGAUCAAAGCUCUUUGGCCUCCCAGCACUAUGGACUUCAGGAAGAGUGAGUGGAGGUCUGCCUCAAACCUAAACCAAAAGCAACCAUGUAAGACAGGUUUUUAAUGUUGCAUCAGAGGUAAGUCUGGUGACAGAUGUUAUCUAGUUACAGCAGAGUCCUAUAUUAAGUGAAAUUAAGAGUUGCAGUGUAGAGGAAUUUAUCAAUAUUGGGAUAUUUUUAAUGACAGUUUUAUAGAAAAGAUUUCUGUUUUACCUGUGAUCAAAGAAUAAUCCUCAGAGAACGGUAAACAUCUCACUUCCAAUGUUAUUUUGAAUUUUUAUGCUACUAUUUCCCCAAGUGAAAAUUUUGAUAGAUUUAAAAGGUGAUUUAUGUUCCAGUGCUUAUUAAAGACAUCUUCUUGCAGCCAUUUGGAAUAUCCAGCAAGAUUGUUCAGUACAUAUAAGUGAUUUCUGUACAGGAGUAUUCUUGUAUGCAAUCCUUUUCUAUUAGAAAUUGUUUGAGAGAAUAAAAACACCCAAUGAA